AUGCAAGGAAAAUUGGUGGCCUUUUCAAUUUCAUUUCUACUAUUCAGUUGAACAUGAUGCUCCAAGCUUCAAAUCUUCAAAGGAUAACCGACCUCUUGAUUUGGCUGCGAGAGGCCACCCAAUCCUCUUCAUCACCAAAUUUCUCUCCCUAUGAGUUUGGCAAAGCUGAAGCAUUCUUCAGCCGUUAAAUCAUCUUUGAAUCUCAAAUCAACUCCCAAGACCACCAUAAAUCUGUCAAUCCUUGAGACCCACUUGCACCAAUGCCGCAAUAUCAACCAAUUCAAUCAGAUUCUCUCUCAGAUGAUCUUCACCGGGUUCAUCAAAGACACAUACGCUGCAAGCAGAGUCAUCAAGUUCUCCACCGAGUCACCCUUCAUCCAUCUUCGUUACUCCCGCAAAGUCUUCGAUGAUCACAUCGAGAACUUAAAUGGGUUCAGUUGGAACACCAUGAUGAGAGGGUAUUUGCAGAGAGACGAUCAUCAAACUGUGGUUUUUCUGUACAAAUUGAUGUUGGAGAACAAUGUGGUUCCGGAUAACUACACCUACCCGAUUCUAGUUCAAGCUAGCGCUCUUCGGCUCUUGGAAUUUGAAGGGAAAGAGAUUCAUAAUCAUGUUUUGAAGAUGGGAUUUGGUUCGGAUAUUUAUGUUCUGAAUACGUUGAUCAAUAUGUAUGCUGUUUGUGGGAAUGUAAGAGAUGCACGGAAGUUGUUUGAUGAAAGUCCUGUAGUAGACUCGGUUUCAUGGAAUUCGAUUUUAGCUGGGUAUGUUCAGAAAGGAGAUGUAGAAGAAGCAAAGUUGGUAUUUGAUCAAAUGCCUGAAAGGAAUAUAAUUGCCUCGAAUUCUAUGAUUGUAUUAUUUGGUAGGACGGGUCGUGUGAAUGAGGCUAGUCAGUUAUUUAAUGACAUGCCGGUAAAAGACAUGAUUUCAUGGAGUGCAUUGAUUUCUUGUUAUGAGCAAAAUGAAACGUAUGAAGAGGCUUUGGCUACUUUUGUAAAUAUGAGAACUAACGAAAUUGUGGUAGAUGAGGUUGUGCUGGUUAGUUUGCUUUCUGUGUGUGCUAACCUGUCUGUCGUGAAUAUGGGGAAACAAAUUCAUGCCUUAGUUGUAAAAAUUGGAAUUGAAUCUUAUGUUAACCUUCAAAAUGCUUUGAUUCAUAUGUAUUCAAGCUGUGGGGAAAUAAUGGCUGCGCAAAAAUUGUUCAAUGCAAGCUACCACUUGGACCAGAUUUCUUGGAACUCUAUGAUCUCUGCGUACCUGAAAUGUGGAUCAAUUGAAAGUGCCAGGAAAUUAUUUGAUUCCAUGCCCAUGAAGGACAUUGUUUCAUGGACUGCAAUGAUAGCGGGUUAUGCUCAACAUGAUAUGUUCUUAGAAACUUUGGCAUUGUUUCAUGAGAUGCAGCUUGCAGAAAUUAGGCCCGAUGAGACCACUUUGGUGAGUGUGAUCUCGGCAUGCACCCGCUUGGCUGCUCUUGAGCAGGGCAAAUGGAUCCAUGCUUAUAUUAGGAAAAAUGGACUAAAAUUUAACUUUAUUCUUGGUACGACACUUAUAGACAUGUAUAUGAAAUGUGGGUGUGUGGAAAAUGCUUUGGAGCUCUUUUAUGGGAUGCAGGAAAAGGGGGUCUCUUCUUGGAAUGCUCUGAUUGUUGGGUUGUCUUUGAAUGGGUUGGUUGAAAGUUCACUUGAGAUGUUUACAGAGAUGAAGAAUAGUGGUGUAGCACCUAAUGAGAUAACUUUUGUGGGAGUUCUUGGGGCUUGUCGGCAUAUGGGCUUGGUAAAUGAAGGGCGUCAACACUUCAAUUCCAUGAUUCAAGAUCACAAGAUAGAACCCAAUGUCAAACAUUAUGGUUGCAUGGUUGAUCUUCUAGGACGUGCUGGUCUGCUUAAAGAAGCAGAGGAUCUUAUUGAUAGUAUGCCAAUGACACCAGAUGUUGCUACAUGGGGUGCCUUGCUUGGGGCUUGCAAGAAACAUGGUAACAAAGAAAUGGGUGAGAGGAUAGGGAGGAAGCUUAUUGAGCUUCAGCCUGACCAUGAUGGUUUCCAUGUGCUGUUAUCCAAUAUAUAUGCUUCGAAAGGUAAUUGGGAUCAUGUUUUGGAAAUUAGAGGGAUAAUGAUGCAAAAUGGAGUGGUGAAAACCCCGGGAUGCAGUUUGAUUGAAGCCAAUGGGGGUGUUCAUGAAUUCCUAGCUGGAGAUAAGACACACCCUCAAAUGAAGGAAAUAGAUAAAAUGUUACUUGAAAUGGCCAAACGAUUGAAGUUGGAAGGUUAUGCUCCAGACACAACUGAGGUUUCUCUUGAGAUUGAUGAGGAAGAGAAGGAAACUACUCUUUUCAGACACAGCGAGAAGCUAGCUAUAGCCUUCGGUCUCAUCACUACUAGUCCCCCAACACCAAUAAGAAUAAUGAAAAAUUUGCGAAUAUGUAAUGAUUGUCAUACAGCAGCUAAGCUCAUCUCCAGAGCUUUUGAUCGUGAAAUUAUGGUGAGGGAUCGGCAUCGCUUUCACCAUUUCAAGCAUGGUUCUUGUUCAUGCUCAGAUUAUUGGUAGCAGAUUAUGAUACAAAAACUGGUUCUUUUAUACAUUACUCGUGAUGUUGGCUUGAAAACUGUGAAACUCAUGCUGGUACGUCAGCAUCACUUGCUACAGAGAAGAAACUGUUCUACUUUUUCUAAGAAGCAAGAACAUUGGCUUCUGCCAUCACUAUCACUCCAUCAACAUUCACUAGUCAAAAUAGAAAAAGCUUGUGAACAUUUGCUGUCCCGUGGCAAACAAGUUUCUUCUUGAAACAUUAGAGAGUGAAAUUUUGCUUUGUUGGCAGCAUGGUAUCCGCUGUAGCGUCUUCUCUAAUUGGAUCUUAUUGAAGAAUAAAUUUCAGAAAGCAGAAUUUGAUGUAGGAGCUGAUUCUCUUUGUAGAAUACUUUGUUGGUGGUGUUAAAAGUUGGGGACAAAUAUGCAGGCCCAAGUUCCACUGCUUUCCUGGAUUUAUGGUCCCUCAAUCUCAUGGUGAAGCUGUGAAUAAUUAAUCUAUAUACUUUCCAUUCUUGGUGCAUGCCAAGAACAGGUGACUUUGACUUGAUAAUCUCCUUGUAUUUUCAUUUGAUGGUCACUUCUCUAAAAUCUAUUUUAUUGGCCUACUAUAUUACAUCAAA